UCUCUCUUGCAGAUCAGCGGCAACUCAGAAGUCGGCUAGUCAACAAUUAUUUUGGCGGGCAGGCGCCAGGCGGCAGCAUCUACAAGCGGUCUGGCAGCGGUGUUGUUGGAGUUGGAGGGAAGGUGAAGUUGUGUGGUCACGUGCAGGUCGUGUUGCAGCUGUCGUGUGUCGGUGACAGGUCGUGCUAUCGGUGCAGACGGUGAGAUCCGCAAGUCGUGACAACAGUGAAGACACCAGCACAGCCGCCCUGCUGUCAUGUGUGGCAGGACAGCCUGCACCCUGGGGCCUGAGGAGGUGUGUCGGGCAUGCAGUGUACGCACCGUGGGAGCAGAUGGCCAGAAGCGGUACCAGCCUUUGUCUUGGAGAGACCAUCCCAACAACCAGUCAUACAGCCCCUCCGCCAACAUGGCUCCUUCACGCUUCACUCCUGUAAUCAUAAGUGACCAGCAACAGCGUGGAGUGAAGAGGACACAGGAGGGGGAGGAACAGCCACCUCAAAGGAUCAUUCAGCCUAUGAAAUGGGGACUCAUUCCUCCAUUCCAUAAAGGUCCAUCUGCAGAAGGACAUGGCUAUAGCACAACCAAUAGUAGAUUGGAAGAUGUUGAGACUAAGGCAACCUACAAGCCUUGCCUGGCAAAGGGACAAAGGUGUGUUGUGUUGUGUGAUGGAUUUUAUGAAUGGCAAUCAACAAAAGGAACAAAAGCCAAACAGCCAUACUUCAUAUAUGCUCCACAACCCAAAGAGAUAAAGAUUUGGGACCGAGACACUUGGGACAAACCAGAUGUCUGGAGUGAAGAAGAAGGCUGGAAGGGACCCCAGCUCUUGAAAAUGGCUGGACUUUUUUCAUAUUGGAAGUCUUCUGAAGGUGAAGAAGUGAUGAGCUAUUCUGUUCUUACCACUGAGGCUUCCAAGAAGUUCUCUGUCCUGCACACUCGUGUCCCGGUCAUCCUGGAGACAGACGAGGAGGUUGAGAUGUGGCUAGAUUCUGCGAGAGUUAACUACAAAGAAGCUCUUCAGAAGCUGAGACUGAAGGAUGAGGCUGAUUUAGAGUGGCAUCCUGUCUCCACAGAAGUGAACAAUUCCCGCAACCAACAGUCAGGCCUUCACGUGCCUAUCAGUCUUGACAAGAAACCUCCAAAUACAGCUGGCAGCAGAUUUAUGUCUGCCUGGCUUGGCAAAGCAUCACCACAGGAGAGUAAGAAUCUUGUGAAGGAGGAAGUCCAUUCAGUUAAGGAGGAAGAAAAAAUCAAGGAAGAAAACAGUAUCAAUCCUCAGUAGCUUAAGUAAAGCAGAUAUGGCAGCUAAGUUUUGGAGGGAAAUGUUGCAGUAGUCUUAAAGUGACUCGUACAGUAGCAACAGGCUCUUAGUGUCUCAUAUUUGAUUUAUAAGGACUUACUUUUCCAAGGAUUCUAUUUUAUUGAAUCAUCAUUCCAUUCUUAUUGUGUGGCUACAUAUUUCUAUGAUACUCUUAAAGUGUGUGAAUCAAAGAUGCAGGGAGAGAAAGCCUUAUAAACCUAAGUAUAAAGGUGUUUAUUUUGUUAUGUUUAUUUUUUUAGACUCCAUUCAUCUUAAGCUUGAUGAAAGCUACUAAAGAGGGGAUAAUCAUUAUUUUAUUUUAUUUUUUUUUAUAGAACCCAGAAUAGACAUAGAUAGGACUUAGGAAGUAGUGCUUGUAGGUGCAUAAAUAAUUGUACCUGUCAUCAGGACUUAGCCAUUUCCAUUUCAGCCUUAUUGUAUUACUAAUUCUCAGUCAUCCGAUAGGUAAAAUUAUUUUAAACCCUCUGUUUAUUUUUGUACUUUUUGUUGUCCUGUCGCAAAAUGGAAUAAAAGAAAGUUCAAAAUGAAA